AUGAUGUUUUACAUUACAAUCUUUUUUGUCUUGUGCAUACGCCUCACACAACAAGCUACUUCAUCAUUCAUAAACGUGCAAAACCGUCGUUUAACAUUGAACGGACAAGAUUAUUUGUAUGUGGGUACAAACUUUUGGUAUGGUGCUAAUCUAGGCUCGACAGGCCCCGGUGGCAAUCGGACACGCUUAUUGCGUGAACUGGAUCAUUUGCAUUCGUUAGGAGUUGAUAAUCUACGUAUACAAGCGGGUAGCGAAGGCCCCAAUACGGAACCAUGGCGUAUUGUUCCUUCGAUGCAACCUGACCCUGGUCGCUAUGAUGAGAAUGUUUUAGAAGGUCUUGAUUUUCUUUUAUACGAAAUGGGUCAACGUAACAUGCGUGCGGUCAUGUGUUUAAAUAAUUUCUGGCACUGGUCGGGAGGUUAUGCUCAAUAUAUUGUUUGGGCUGGUGGAGCAAAUUCGAUUCCUUAUCCAGGUGAUUACGAUGCAUUCGAACGGUUUUCUGCACGAUUUUACGAGUUGCCAGCAGCUGUACAAUUGUUUAAUAAUCACAUUCAAUUUAUUAUGAAGCGUACAAACAAGUAUAACAACUUGCCAUAUGUGGAAGACGCGACGAUCAUGUCAUGGGAAUUGGCAAACGAACCUCGUCGUUUAAAUCUUUCCUGGGUAAAUGCAACGGCUUGCUCGAUCAAGCAGUUAGCCCCUAAACAGCUCGUGACGACAGGUGUCGAAGGUAAUAUAUCUUCUAACAAUUUUUCAAAUGAUCAUGCAAGUCCAUGUAUUGAUUAUGCUACAUUUCAUCUAUGGGUACAAAAUUGGAAUAUUUACGAUCCGAAGAAUGCUUCUGAUACAUUUCCAUCUGCAUUAGAGUUCGCUCGAAAAUACAUCGAAUACCACGUUGCAUACAAAGAAAAGCCGGUCGUACUGGAAGAAUUUGGUAUCUCACGAGAUAAUGACGAUCAUAGUGCAACAGCACCUAUUACCAUACGCGAUAAAUACUAUCAGGCUAUUUUUCAAUGGGCUCGUGCUUAUCGCAUACCCGUGAAUUUCUGGGCGUACGGUGGCGAAGGACGACCGAGACUUCCACGUGCUAAUUGGACCCAAGGUGAUGAUUUCAUUGGUGAUCCUCCUCAUGAACCUCAAGGCUGGUAUUCUGUGUACGACACAGAUGAAAGUACAUUAGAAAUUAUCCAUCGCUUUGCUUCAAUUUUUCUCACAAUAUUACAGACAACUGAAACAAGAACGAUGAACCUAACUCAAUUGACCAUUGACCCAUCACUGAUAGUGUGGAAUAUUUCAACGAUUGUAUUAACAACUUUAGGGAUUGUAUUAGCUACUCUAUUCUUAAUAACUAUUCUAAUCGACAAAAAGUCGAAAAAAAAUCCAAUAAUGGUAUUAGUUGCUAAUUCAUGUUUAUCUUCGAUUGUAUUUGGUAUUGACAUGCUUGUUUGUUUUCUAAUUGCUCUAAAUAAUGAUCUGAAAGAAAUUCGAACUGAAGAUUCAUUGUGUAAACUUCGAGCAUACAUUGCUUAUAGUGCUUGUGGAGUAUUUGAUUAUUCAUUUUUCGUCCAAGCCUUAUAUCGAUACAACGCUAUUAUUCAUCCGAAACGUACAAACUGGCAAUCGUUACAAAAUCAGCUUGUUAUAAUCGCUUCGACAUGGAUUUUAGGUUUCCUAGUUCCUAGUGUAUUUUUAUUUACAACAGAAAUUGUCUAUAAUAUUGACAAUCAAGUUUGUCAAAUACCUCUUCGAAUAUCGACCUCAUCGAUCUAUCUUUCAUUUUGUAUCUAUCUUAUUCCAUUGUUAUUGAUUACGGGAAUGUAUUUGAAAUUAAUUCGACAUGUAAAACGUAAACGUAUCCGUAUCAUACAAACAAGAAUGUUUAUUCGUGCACAGCGAGAAUUAGAAAUUGUCAAACGUAUUCUUAUACAUGUGUUCAUCUUGAUGGGAGUUGGAUGCGUCUAUGCAAGCCUGCUGUUCAUAUCCAUCUUCCGUGAUCUACCGAAGUAUCAUUUUCGUAUAGCGUACAUUUUCGGAAGUACUUCUUUUCUUUUUGUUAUGAUCUCAAUAUUUCAAUUUAAUCCAUUACUUAAACAAUCAAUAAUAAAUAAAUUGUUACAUAAGUAA